AUGGCAGGCCAAAUAUUUUUCUGGUACUGGUUUGGCUAUGAAACCCUCUACCUGCGCAUCCCAAGCUGGUCUUCACGUUUUAUAUUCCUCCUCAUCUCGCAUAUGGUUACCGCUCCACUCCACGUCCAGUUAACGCUCAGCCAUUUCGCCAUGUCGACUUCUAAUCUCGGAGUCAAUGAGUCACAUAAUUUGAGGAAGGCGCAGAGAUAUGUCAGGGCGUUUUGUGAAGAUGUUGGAAUUCCAUAUGUGAUUUUUGGGUUUGUGGGGGCCAACAAAGAGGUUAUUGGGAAAUUGGGUGAGGUUGCGGAUCAGUUAAGGGUUUUGGAGGAAUGCAGAAAGGUUGCUUCGAGGAAUUUGAUGGAGACACAUGCAUAA